CCAUAUUUAUCAGUUACUAGCCUAUAUUCAGUGUUUGGAGAUGACUAUGUUCUUUGUAAUUAAUUAAUUAAAUGACUCAGUUAAUUUAAUCGUUUUACAUUACGUCUCACGCCAUCCACAGAUUGGAUCUCUUCCCACUCAUGCCGCAGAGAUGUUUUCAGGACUUUCCAGAAGCAGGGUUCUCCUCUUUGCCCUGUGCAUGGCUGCGGUUGGUUUGGGCGUCACAACUUGGCGGAAUGCUUCUUUAUAUUUCCUCUGGAGGUCAAGUCUUUGCGGCUGUAACAAAUGUCUAAUUGAAGGUGCUUCAUGGUUUAGGACUCUUCUCAAUGAAGCUCCUAAACCUUUUCUGUCAACGAUGAAUAAAACCUCAGAGGAUGUUUUCAACUGGUGGACGCAUCUUCAAUCAGAACGUCACAACUUCACCUUCUUCAACUCAACGGUGGAUGACCUGUUUGAGGUUUUCCCUCCCGUUCCAGAUGUUGUAGAGUCCAGUCCAGACCUCUGCAGGACUUGUGCUGUAGUGGGGAACUCUGUUAAUUUGAAUGGGUCGCAAUAUGGACAUCUGAUAGAUUUACAUCACAUUGUCAUACGGAUGAACGGUGGUCGUACCAAAGGCUACGAAUCAGAUGUCGGGGCCAAAACCACUCAUCACGUCAUGUAUCCAGAAAGCGCUGUUCCUCUAGACAACAACACUCAUCUUGUGCUCUUUCCAUUCAAGAUCAAAGAUUUACUUUGGCUUCUCCAGAUGUUUGAUCCAGGGAUGAAAAGUGACAAUAACAGACAGAUGAUGGCAAACAAAGAUCUGGUGAUGAUCCUCAAUCCAGCCUUCAUGAAAUAUGUUCAUAAAAGGUGGCUGGCAAACAACGGCAAAUACCCGUCCACCGGUUUUCUGGCCUUGGUUCUCAGCCUGCAGCUUUGUGAUGAGGUAAGCGUGUUUGGCUUUGGAGCAGACAGCGAUGGAAACUGGAGCCACUAUUUUGAAAAGCUCAGGAACAAACGCCUGAGAACUGGCCCUCAUCCUGGCAGCGUCGAAUACGAAGUCAUCCGGCUGUUACACAGGAUGCAGAAAAUCACUUUAUAUAAAGGACAGUGACUUCUGUUACCGUGGUUAUGGUUAUUAAAACAUGAAAGUAA